AUGAGUAAUGGCACUAGGGUGUUUGUCGGCGGCCUGUCUCAUCGCGUACGCGAGAGGGAUCUCGAGAGGUUUUUCCAGAAAAUUGGCAGAGUCAAGGAUAUUGCUAUGAAGAAUGGAUAUGCUUUUGUGGUAAGUGUACAAUUUUAUUUUAAUUUAUUUCAGCAUGGGGAGUGGUUCAAGAGUGUAUAUUGGCCGUUUGCCUUAUGGAGUGCGAGAAAGAGAUAUAGAAAGGUUUUUCAGGGGAUUUGGCCGUAUUAGAGAAAUAUUGCUUAAAAAUGGCUAUGGAUUUAUUGUAAGUAAUAAUGAGUGUUUUGCAUAAUUAUAAAUAAGUAGUUACUCAAUAAUAAGGGUUAUAUUUUAUUUUCAUAUACAUUAUCCUUAUACACAAAUUAUUUUAUAGGAAUUUGAUGAUUAUCGUGAUGCUGAUGAUGCAGUAUAUGAAUUGAAUGGCCGUGAACUUAAUGGUGAAAGGUAAUCUACAAUUUUUUAUUUAUUAAAACAUUUGUCUCUAUAAAGAGGCACCAUUCUGGGAACCACACUUCUUUUGAGAUUUAAUGAAGGCAUAUGUGUUUAUUAUCCAUUAUGAUUUGUGUUGAUAAACUUGUUAUGCUCAUGCAUUUUUGUUAGCGUGUUGCUUACAAAUCAAGUAAUAAUGGUGUGUAUAUCCAAUGCAGUAGAACCUCAAUUAAUUGCCACUAUUCUCAUUGCAGUAAAAUCUUAUCGCCUUAUGUUCAAACUGGUUUAUCCGAAACUUUCUGACAACAAAUAAUUAAGUGAUAUCUUUACAUUUUAUGGGUGACAUAAAAACAGUUGAUUAUGAUUGUGGGCAUAUUUUUACCAAUAAAUAAUAGUUAUUAUAUAAGUAUGCAUGUCAAUGAUUAUUAAAAAAUAAUAAAUAAUCUAUAUUUAUGUUUAUAAAGUUUAUUUCUGUUUACCCUGUCUUCUGAUUAUCCAUCAAGGCUCUGAUCCCAAGGCUGAUGGUUAAUUAAGGUUCUACUGUACUACCCGUUAUUUCAAAAUGUAUUGAUUUGAAAAAAAAAUUAAGAUAAUUCAGCAAAAAUUCCCAUUAUUUUUGGUGGGAAAAUGGCAACCUAAAUUUAAAAAAACCAUAUUAUAUAGAUUGGCUAUGAGUUCUAAUAAAUUUUGUUGUCAACAUUUUUAAUUUACAUCAACAUGUUGACAAGAUAUUCUACUUGUAAGUUUAGGUAGGAAGAAAGUAGUACUACUUUUCUUGACAAGUUGACUUAAGUCAAUAAUUUCAAACACUGAAAUUUAUUUGAAAUUUUACUCUUUCUAUUUGUGGUGUUUUUAUUAUAUGUUUCUGUUGGAAAAUCUUAUAAGGUGGUGGUUUUACUCCGAAAAUAAGGGUGAGAAAAAUAACAUAGAUUUAAAAUUGCAGUUUGUUUAUUAAAUUUUAUUUUUAAAAAAAAUUGAUUCUUUCUAAGAUAGUGAGUUUCCCAGUUAAGUGAAUUACAUUUUAAAACUAAAUCUAAAUGUUUUAUAUUACGUGUAGAGUUUCUGUUGAACGAGCUCGUGGAACACCAAGAGGCAGUGAUGUUUGGCGUGGCUCAGGACGUGGUGGAGAUUUACCACCACCUCCACCAAGAAGACCUCGUCGUGAUGCUAGGUAUGUAUUUUAAUAUGUUUCAUCUAAUAUAAUAAUGUAAAAAAAGGCUGAUAUUUUGGAUAAAAGUGCGGCCACUGUUAUGUUAAAGGUGAGAAGGUUUAAUACAAAAAGUUAUUUACUUUAUACCUGUAAUCAAGAAAAAUGAUUUAGAACAACGUUUAGAUAUGCAUGUUCUGAAAAGCCAUAAUAUUUAUGAUUCUUAUCAUAAUUUGAUUUUAACCCUUAAAAAGAAAAUUUAAAUUACCCUUAAUUUAAAUAUCUAUAAGUAGCUCAAAAAUUAGAUUUGAAAGUUUUGUUCAGUUAUUAAAAAAACUAUUUUCAUUAAUUAGUUUAAAAACGAAACACAAAAGAAUUUAUUAGUCAAUUAGUUACUUUAUUAAUUUCAUUGUUUCUUAUUUUCUAGUUUUUCUAUAUUCUAACAAAAACAAACUACCAGGAAAAUAACAAAAAUGAAUUGCUAACUAGAUUAAAAAUUUAACAAUAUACAGUGUCAUUUUUCUAUUGGCACAAUAUUUAUGGUAGAAAAUAUUAGCCUUACAAAUUUUAAAUAAUACUAAAUAUGUUUUUGUCUUUUAGUUAAAAUUAUUAUGAUAAAUAAUUUAGAUAUCAGUAAAAGAUUUUCUAUCAAUAUUUCAGUUACUACUUUUACAGAACUGUUUAGAACAGGUUUUGUGGUUAAAAAUAAUAUUAUCCAUAUGAUCUCAUGGUACUCCAUAUAGGUAUAUUUUUUUUUUAGGCCUCUUGAUGACCUCUUCAUGUUGGACAAUUCAAAUUUUAACAUAUGUAUUAUUGUUUUCCUUGUUUAUUAAAAUAAGUUUCUUUAUGUCACAUAUAUUGUAUACUAUUUAGGUACCUGUUCCCAUUAUAUUUUAUUAUUAAAAAUGUUUUUUAUAUUUAGGGAUGACAGAAAUGAUAGGUACGGACCACCAACACGAACAAAUUAUAGGUUAAUAGUUGAGAAUUUGUCAAGUCGCGUCAGCUGGCAGGUAAGAAAUCAUUUACAUGGGUAUUUAUAAUAUUUCAUUACCAUUUUAUAUUUUAUUUACAUUUGUUAUUCAAAGAAAAAAAAAAAUGUUUUUUUUUUUUUUGGUUUACCUCUGAUAUAAUUUUUGGAGAUUUUAUCUUGUUCAUUUAAUUAUCUCCUGAACUUUUAUUUCACACGUGGUUUGUUUUUGUGAGGUGCUGAUAGACGUUCCGUCAAUAAUAUAUUAUCUGAGGAAAGAACUUGCUGUUCUAUUAAGGUUUAAUCAUUACUUUGUACUAAAUUGCUCUGCUAUCUAAAAGAAAUCAUAAUAUUAAUUUACCAUUCACUUUAUUACCUAUUUAAUAAUUAUACAGACUCAUGAUAAUUAAAAAUUUAUAUUUUUUAAUUUUUAUCUUAAUAUUAUAAAAUGAAUGGUUUAAGUAAAUAGUUUGUUAUAAUAAAAAAAUUCUUAGUUUUAAUCGAAAAAAAAAUGACAAAAAUGACAAAAAAAAAAAAAAAAAAAAAAAAAAAAAAAAAAAAUGAAAAAAAAAUGUAAUAUUAUUUUUCUAAAGAGCCACCACAAUGUGUUGGGUUCGAUCGAUGUCCAUACCAAUGACAUUAAACGCUUGAUCGUUGGCCGAUAACAUAAGAGUGGCACAAUCAGGCACAUAGGCCAAUACCACAAAAGAUCACAGUACGAUAUCACACAUUCCAUUCCGGGCCUAGGAUGAUCGGCCUAACCACCAAAGGUGUUCCCAACAAUACAAGCCGAUCAGCUGCCCAAUUUGGUUUACCCCCCAUUCAUGUCGCCCCACACAUGGUCCGAGACCGAGUCGCUUUUCAAUACCAUUCCAAGUGUUUAAGAGGUAUGUAUUUAAAUAAUAACAUAAACAAUGUUUGGUAUUUGAUAGGCUUUUAAAAUAAAAUUGUAAAAAAUCAUUUUGAGAAUAUAAAACAAAUUAAUAACGAGUUAAGGACCUAGAGGAUGCAGUAACAAAAAGCAAUUUGGUAUCAGUCAUCAAAACAACAAGGCCACACGAUCAUCAAAAGCACUUAAAUCAAUCAACAAAACCCAUUAUGUGUAAAACCAUCUUCAAUUCACUAACAGCAAAUGAGCAUUUUCUUCCCAUCAUUAGUUCAUUUUUCAAGUGAAGUCUUCCGAAAACAAUCCCAUUUUAAAAUUGAUAUAAAUUUGUACUUGGCGUAGAACUAUUAAUUUAACAAUAGAUAUUAUUAUAGCAAUACAUAUAAGGUAUUUUUCAACAUAAUUUAUGUAUUUACCUGACUACAGGAUUUAAAAGACUUCAUGCGUCAAGCUGGGGAAGUUACGUAUGCUGAUGCUCACAAACAACGCAAGAAUGAAGGGUAAUUAAUUUUUAAAUAUUUUUAAUAAAAUCAAAAUUAUUAAAUUAUUUAUUUUUAAAGUGUCGUGGAAUUUGCAUCCUAUUCGGACCUUAAAACGGCAUUGGACAAGUUAGACGAUACAGAAUUGAAUGGACGUCGCAUAAGACUAAUUGAAGAUAGAAGCAGUAGCCGUGGCCGAGGUGGAAGACGUAGCCGUAGUCCAUCAAGUUCUCGUUCUCGUUCUAGGUCUCGAUCUCGUUCACGCCGCCGUGUACGUUCUCGUUCGAGGUAAAAUAUAUUGAAAUUAAUUUAUUUCUAAUUGCCAUCAUUAUUAUUUCUUAUUAUUUUUAUUAGAAGUAGGUCUCGAAGCCACUCCAAGUCAAAGUCAGAGUCUCGUUCAAAAUCUCCGUACAAGUAUGUAUCUAAAAAACAAAUUUGUAUUGUUUUGUUGUUAAACUUAAUUUACGAUACAAAAUAUAAUAAAUAUGUUACAAUUUGAAUUAUUAGCCAUGAUAGUAAUGAAUAAUUUUUUUAUUUUGAAUAUUUUAGAUCGCCAGCUCAUUCCAAAUCACGCUCUCGCUCAGGAUCUAUAGACAAAAAAAGGUCUCAAUCACGCUCCCAGUCAAUAUCCAAUAAACGUAUUAAGUGAGUCAUCUAGAUACGUAUUUAAUAUUUCUAGUAGUUUACAGAUAUUUUGAAUAUCUCUUUUAUUGUACUGUUAAAUAAUUACAAUAGGUAUUUAGAUAUUUUCUUUGCUAUUAAGAGCUGUGUUCUCUCUAACGUAGAAGAAGGCUUUUAUGUGAUUCUUAAACUGAGUUAAUGGCUGAUAAUCUAUCACAAUUGUUUGAUUAUCUAAUAAAACUGUUUAAAAAUCAUAGUUUAUGUUGGUAAGAACUGGUCUAAACAACAAAUUUAAUAUUUCUAUUUAAAAAGUUCAUAUGUGCUAACUUUCAUUUGAUACUGCCAAUGAUUCAUACUCUAAUGUGAGCUUUGUAAUUUAUCCAAAAUGUAAUGUAAUAUAAUAUUGUCCACUUUUAAAACGAAUAAUUGAUAUCUUUGUUUAAGUAUUAGUUAAAUUAUGUAAAAUAAUUGUAAAAAAAAAUAUAUAAAUUAUUAUUUUUAAUAUUUUAGACGUGAUUCCCGCUCGCCAGAUGAAAAAUCUCGUUCACCAUCUAGAGAAAAAAAUGGUGAUGCCAGUCCACAAUCUGGUGAUGAUUAA